AUAACAGCAGUGCUCUGUGUGGUGACUAGGAAUGUCUAGCAGUAAGUAGAAAUCAGUGCAGCACGAGCUCCACACAACUCCAGAGCCGACCAACAUGUAACCAGCACCUGACCCUGGCCUGAAGUGAAUAUGACUGGAUUACUGGAGAAAUCCUUUACUUUCUGAAGGUGACAGUUUUCUUACUGUACUAAUAUCUGCAGCAGUCACUGGAGAAUAAUAUUACAUGUGUACUUUAAAAGAAAAAAGAAUGGUUCAUUACCUACUGAAUUUCUGCUUAAUCUACUCGUGGCUUGGGACAACAUAUUCAAAAGAGGGAACGGACUGUUACUGUAACAAUAUGGAUUUUUGUGACUGCUCCUCGCUGCAUUUGACGUCUAUCCCUUCCACGUUGCCAAGACAAAUAAAGGGCUUGGACUUGUCUAAAAAUUUAAUUCAGGCAAUAUCAGAUGACAACCUUAAGCGAUAUGAAAACCUUAGAGUACUUCGCCUACAUCAAAAUGAAAUUCAUAGUAUCAGCAAUAACUCUUUUCGGUCACUACAAAACCUUGAGGAAAUGGAUCUAUCAUAUAACAAGUUACCCAGCUUGUCCCCUGCUUGGUUUGGAGGUCUUCACAAGCUGAGACAUUUAAACUUGCUGGGUAAUCACUACACUUCAUUGGGAGAAAAGCCAAUGUUCUCCAAUCUGCCAUCACUAAGAAAUUUAAAAUUAGGAAAUUUUGACUUUAUGGCCCUCUAUGAACAAGACUUUGAUGGUGUGCUUAGCUUGGAUGAACUGUACUUGAAUAUUUCACAACUGAGAUCAUAUGCCAAGGGGACCAUACAUUCUAUACAGAUUAUAGAGCAUGUUACUCUUGCUUCCAAUUUAACCUUACUCCCAGAAAUAAUAAGUGAUCUUACACAUUCAGCUACCUGGUUAGAAAUUAGGAAUACAUCUUUCAGGAAAGGUCAGGAUUCAGAAGCAUUAGCGCUGCUCAAUGAUACAACGGUUAAGACUUUAAUGUAUAAAGACUGUCUACUGACUGACAGCAGCGCAGCAAGACUAAUAGAAAUUAUACAUACCUACAAAAAUGUUACCACUCUUGCUUUGGAGGACAGUGAACUUUUGGGAACAGGAAGUGGUGUUCCAGUUCUGAAAAAUGAGAAUUCAUCACUAUCAACAAUUAUAGUUAAGAACCUGUACAUACCCAAUUUUUUUCUCUUUUCCGACUUCCAUUUCAUCUAUCAGGUAGUACGUGCAAUUAGAAGUGUUACCUGCAUAGGCAGCAAAGUUUUUCUCAUGCCUUGUAAUUUUUCCCGAUCGUUUAAGAUGAUGGAAUACCUUGAUCUGAGUGAGAAUGUACUCACGGACUUGUUUUUGGAAAGUUCAGCCUGUUAUUUGGAAGGUUAUGGGGCUUGGCCUUCUGUACGAACUUUAAAUGUCAGCAGAAAUCUUUUAACUUCAUUGUCCAGGGUUUCUAAAGCUCUUUCAAAAGUUCCAUCAUUGACUUAUAUUGAUUUAAGUCGAAAUAUGUUUAGUGACAACACUAUUUCUUCCUGCAUCUGGCCUGAGAACCUCAAACACUUAAAUAUUUCAGACUCCAAGUUAAAAAUGAUUGACAACUGCCUUCCUGUCACUUUAGAGAUUUUGGAUAUAAGUGCCAAUCAUCUUGAAGAAUUUGCUGCCAAUUUAGCAAAUUUGAAGGAACUCUACAUAUCUAAUAAUAGAUUGACCAUGUUACCUGUAAAAGCUAAUCUACCAAGCCUAACAUUACUGAUUAUCAGGAAAAACAUAAUCAGUGACUUUUUCAAAUCUGAUUUGAUAAACUUCCAAAAUUUGACAAAAUUGGAUGCAACUGACAACAAUUAUUUCUGCUCCUGUCAGUUUGUGGAUUUUGCUACGCAACAUAACAGACUCCUUCUGGGUUGGCCGGAAAACUAUAUAUGUGAUUCUCCUUCUUCAGUAAGAGGUAAUCAGAUUAUAGAUGCACAUCUCCCUAUAUUGAUGUGCCAUAGAGCAUUAGUCGUGACACUGUCCUGCAUUUUAUCUAUAUUAGUGAUAGCAAUUAUUCUGGUGCUUUGUCACUGUCUCCAUUGUAUUUGGUAUGCAAAAAUGACCUGGGCCUGGUUAAAAGCUAAAAGAAAGCCUUUAAAAGUUUCAGAGAAAGAGAUCUGUUUUGAUGCAUUCAUAUCUUACAGUGAAAGGGACUCUGAGUGGGUUGAGAAUAUGAUGGUACCACAGCUAGAAAAUGGCAAUCCUCCAUUGAAAGUAUGCAUUCAUAAGCGGGAUUUUGUACCAGGCAAAUGGAUAAUUGACAAUAUCAUUGAUGCCAUGGAGAGAAGCCACAAAACCCUGUUUAUCUUAUCAGAGCAUUUUGUUCAAAGUGAGUGGUGCAAGUACGAGCUGGAGUUCUCCCACUUUCGUCUUUUCGAUGAAAGCAAUGAUUCCGCCAUUUUGGUUCUUCUGGAACCCAUUGAGAAUUCAACUGUUCCAAAAAGAUUCUGUAAAUUAAGGAAACUCAUGAACACUAAAACUUACAUUGAGUGGCCAUCAGAAGAAGAAGAACAACAUGUUUUCUGGACUAAUCUCAAAGCAGCAGUGCAACCAGAGGAAUACCCAGAAGUAUAGCAACUCUUUAAUGUUGCAGGGACAUAGUCUUCAAAAUGCAAACCAAAAAGUGAAGCAGUACAUGCUUUUUUUUUUAUAAAGGACAAAGUCUCUUGAUUAUAGCGCAGAGACAGAAAUGUGUUUUCGCAUGCAGCUGAUUUCUUAGGGAAUGUGCUGUAGAAGGAAGAUGUACCAGAUAUAUGUCUUACUUCCAAAAAAGAUUAAAUCUGUAUUAAAGCAGGAAAGGAAUAAAGCAAAUGUUAAUUGAGGAUCCUGCAAAAGAACAACAUGAUACAGUAUUUUGAUACUCCAUGAAUAUUACAUUGUGCAGGUGAAAAAGAGACAUGGCCAUCAAGUUCAGCCUGAGGGAAGAGGAUGUGGGUGAAGGAAAGGGGUAAAUCUUAAAACUUUGUUCCUCCUGUUGAUCCACAGAUAGGCAAAAACCCAUAAGACAUAAGCCAAUUUGCUAUAAAGGGGGGAAAAAAACUUGAUCCCAAGUGAUGAGCAGACUGAACAUUUACUAUUAAUGAAAAAAAAAAAUAAUGAAACAGAAAUAAAUGGAAUAUAAUUUGGAGUACUAACACUAUGAGGAAGAUUUACUAUAACCAGCAUUUCAUAAGCUGCCAUUAGUCAGAACCGCAGUGGAUUAAGAUGCAACAAGUUUAUUAAGCGGUGCUGGCUUGCUGAUAAAUUUGUCAAAAACAAAUCUAUGAGCUGGCACAGAUAUGCCCUGUAAUUUAUGGUCUGCGGGAGGCCACACCUAUCCCAUCAAGUCCCAUCUCUUUUUAAAAGUGCAGAGUAUUGCUUAAAAUAGGUAAGAGGCACACAUUUUCGCACACAAAUUUGCUACAUUGCUAGGAGAUUGUAUUGAAUUAAUUGACAAAAUGUUUGCAGAACACUUAUAAUAACAUCAUACUGAUAUAAUCAUACAUCUUGGUGAAUUUUUUAAAGGGAAAAUCGAGUCAAAAUGGUCAUCUGAUAUAUGUUAAAUAUAUGAGGACUUGCCUUAGAUUUUGUGACAGAUUUUCAGUAACAAAAAUUCUAUGUGGAUUAAUUUUAUAAUAUAUAAUUGUAGGAGUUAGAGCUACAUUUUUAUGAUAUGUUCAAAGCCCAUGAUUUCCUUUACACAACCAUAAUGUAAACUUUCUAAAUUCUGUGUAUUUACAGCCACCACUAGGUGGAGCUAUAUUAUGGAAUAUUGAAUCUAAAUCGGUUGGUGUUAAAAAGUGGCUAUUCAGUUUAACCACAUAGCACAGAAUGACAUGCCUAUAUGUCACAGAUUGCCAUACAUUAAUUGGGUGGCGUAGCUAAGCAGGGUAACGGGGCAUCUUUUCCCAGGUGCUGGUUGCCAGAGUGUGCUAACACGCCACUGUGCCCGGGCUAGGGUAUUUAGAUAUAGGAUGAGGGUGAAGGAAAGCCUGGUUAUGGUUCUGCAAUAAGGUAUCAUGACAUACAGGUACGUUAUGAUGAUUAUAGCGGCACAGGACCUGUGUCCGCAAGCUUAACAGCAGGACUCCAACUGUAAAUGAAUGUUAGGUUCUUGUAAUGACUGGGAUCAAAUAAACCUCUGAUCCUGGCUGUUUUACCCCCUAGAUUUCAUAGUCCAUAGCAACAGCUGAUAUCUAUUGAGCUUGACCGAGGGAGAGGACUUCCUAUUUCUGCCCAUCAGUCGCCUGCAACAUUUAAAUAAUGUAGCACUCCCCAUAAAUAAAUAUAUACAUUCAUGAAUAAAUAAAUGAAUAAGUAAAUAAAUAACAAACCUAUUUUAUCAUGAAAAAAAAUCUUUAAAUAUGGACAAAUUAAAACAAAAUUAGAUAUACGGAUGAAACAUUGGUUAACUUGACAUUCACAGUGCAAUAUAUUAACAUUUGCUACAGAUGUUAUAUUGACUUUCAAUGGAUUUUGUUGUUAAAAGGUUUGUGCCAUGAAAGAUAUUCUAUGUUUCAAGCCAGCCCCUGGAUCUGAAUACUAUUGUAAUUGCAUGUAAUGAAAAAUGUAGUAUAGCCACUGAGUUAUCCAAUGAAAUCUAUCUGUAUAGCGCCA